UGAUGGCCUAUAGUGAAUAAGCGUAGGCAAAGUAAUACUGCCACGCAAUCCUUCUGGCGAUGAAGCAGCGGUGCUGUCAGCGCUGGUCAGCGGCGAAGGAGACGGUGGUUCACGACGGCGAAGAAGACAAAGUUGAAGAGGAGAACACGAGAGCAAUCUGUAACUCUUCCGCCAUGAACGACGAACAACAGUCUCUGCUUCUCAGCUCUUCUUCUCGCUUCUCGCCUCCUCAAGGAGUGAAGCUAUCGUACGGCACCGCCGGCUUCAGGGCCGAUGCAUCGCUUCUCCCAUCGGCGCUCUACAGAGUGGGAAUCCUCGCAGCCCUUAGAUCGCUCAAGACCGGUUCAAUCAUCGGUCUCAUGAUCACUGCCUCACACAACAAAGUUUCUGAUAAUGGAGUCAAAAUAGCUGACCCUAAUGGUGGCAUGCUCUCGCAGCAUUGGGAACCCUUCGCCGACGCCCUCGCCAAUGCUCUUUCUCCCAAACACUUCCUUCUGUUGAUCAAUGAAUUCGUGGCGAAAGAAGGGAUCUUGAUGGAUGGGGUCAGCCAGGCAGAAGUGCUUUUGGGGAGAGACACUAGGCCUAGUGGAGAUGCUUUGCUUGAAGCAGCUAGACAGGGGGUCACUUCGGUUGUGGGAGCUGUUGCGACGGACAUGGGGGUCUUGACAACUCCACAAUUGCACUGGAUGGUUCGGGCCCGAAAUAAGGGCAUGCAAGCUUCAGAGCAGGAUUACUUUGAACAGCUUUCAAGCUCAUUCAGGUGCUUGGAGGAUUUGAUCCCUGCUGAAAAACGUAAGUUUGAUGGACUGAACAAUAAAGUGAUUGUGGAUGGAUCCAAUGGAGUUGGUGGAGUGAAACUUAAAGUUUUAGGGAGUUUGUUGAGUGCUUUGGUUAUUGAGGUUCGGAACAGCAGUGAAGAUGGAGGUGUACUGAAUGAUGGAGUGGGUGCUGAUUAUGUGCAGAAAGAGAAGGUUGCUCCUCAUGGCUUUGGUUCUAAAGAUGUUGGGAUAAGGUGCGCUAGUUUGGAUGGAGACGCUGAUCGGCUUGUUUAUUUUAUUGUACCACCUGAAAGCAGUGGUAGGAUCGAUCUUGUUGAUGGGGACAAGAUAUUAUCCCUGUUUGCCGUAUUUAUUAGGGAGCAACUGAGCUUUCUUAAUGAGAAUGAAGGCGUAACAAAUUCCCACCAGGCCCGUCUUGGUGUUGUACAGACUGCCUAUGCAAAUGGGGCAUCUACUAAUUAUCUUAAGCAGUUAGGACUAGAAGUUAAUUUUACUCCAACUGGCGUUAAAUACCUACAUGAAAAAGCUGCUGAAUUUGAUAUUGGUAUCUACUUUGAGGCAAAUGGCCAUGGAACUGUCUUAUUUUCAGAAUCUUUCGUGGGGUGGUUGGAGGCCAAAACCAAGGAGAUUUCUUCAGGAUCCAAUGGUUCAGAAGGGAAAAAGGCUGCUUUGAGGUUAUUGGCAGUCAGUAAGUUGAUCAACCAAGCUGUUGGAGAUGCUUUGAGUGGAUUGCUCUUGGUCGAAGUCAUAUUACAGUACAUGGGAUGGUCAGUGCAUAGAUGGAAUGAACUUUAUCACGAUUUACCAAGCAGGCAGCUCAAGGUUAAAGUUGCCGACAGAAAUGCUGUGAUUACAGCAAAUGCAGAAACUGUGGUUGUUAGCCCCCCUGGUUUACAAGAAGCCAUCAACGCGGAAACUGGGAAGUACCACAAAGGUCGAUGCUUUGUGCGACCAUCUGGUACUGAGGAUGUUGUUCGUGUAUAUGCUGAGGCAUCCACGCAGGAAGCAGCUGAUACACUAGCCAACUCUGUGGCUAAGCUUGUGGACCAAUUCUUGGGGCUCGGUAGCUCCUAACACCGUAGCAACUCCUUUUCCUUCCAUGUCUUCCUUUUAUUUUUCAUUUCAUAUUACAACAUAAUCUACUCUUAGUUUUUAAGGUUAUCUAACCAUGGAUUUUUCUAAUAAAAUUUCUCUUGCAUUUUACUUUUAA